CUCCUCUCCCUUCCUUUUUUUCUGCAAACAAAUCAACCCUCAAAUUUCCUUUUGCUUCCUAGAAAGAGUUAGUUCCCGGAAGCUUCUCUCUUUGCACUUGCAUGAUUUGAUCUCCGCCGUGGAUUCGUGAUGGUGAUUUUAUGAACUUCCUCCUCUGCCCCCUCUUUCCUUUUCUGAUUAUCAUUAUUUUUAUAUUUAACUAGAGAGAGAGACUCAUCCUUCCUUCGAGACAUGAGAUGAGGCCGAUGCAACUGCCACCGCCUUCCGCUUCCGGGGCCAACCCUGCCCCUGCCACCACCAACAACAACAACAAGGAGCAGCGUCCCCAGCGCCGCCGCAAGGACCUCACGCUGCCGCUGCCGCAGCGAGACACCAACUUGGCGGUGCCGCUUCCUCUGCCGCCAUCGACGGCGCCUGCUGCGGCGGCGAGCGGCGGAGCGAGCCAGCUGGCGGCGCAGCAGGUGAUCCCUUUCUCGGAGCUGGAGAGACUGAACCGCAUCGGGAGCGGGAGCGGCGGGACGGUGUACAAGGUGGUCCACCGCACGAGCGGGCGCGUGUACGCGCUGAAGGUGAUAUACGGUCACCACGAGGAGUCGGUGCGGCGGCAGAUCCACCGGGAAAUCCAGAUCCUCCGUGACGUGGACGAUGCGAACGUGGUGAAGUGUCACGAGAUGUACGAUCAGAACAGCGAAAUCCAGGUGCUGCUGGAGUUCAUGGACGGAGGUUCUCUGGAGGGGAAACACAUCACGCAGGAGCAGCAGCUGGCAGAUCUGUCUCGGCAGAUUCUUAGGGGGCUGGCGUACCUGCACCGGCGGCACAUCGUCCACAGGGACAUCAAGCCGUCGAAUCUGCUUAUAAACUCGCGGAAGCAGGUGAAGAUCGCUGACUUCGGGGUGGGUCGGAUACUGAAUCAGACGAUGGAUCCGUGCAAUUCGUCGGUGGGGACGAUCGCCUACAUGAGUCCGGAGAGGAUCAAUACGGACAUAAACGACGGGCAAUACGACGCGUACGCAGGGGACAUAUGGAGCUUUGGGGUUAGCAUACUGGAGUUCUACAUGGGAAGGUUCCCCUUCGCGGUUGGGAGGCAGGGCGAUUGGGCCAGUCUCAUGUGCGCCAUUUGUAUGUCUCAGCCUCCCGAGGCUCCUCCUUCUGCUUCCCCUCACUUCAAGGACUUCAUCUUGCGCUGUCUUCAGCGCGAUCCCUCUCGCCGCUGGUCUGCUUCCAGGUUGCUCGAACACCCCUUCAUUGCUCCGCCGCUGCCCAACCACAAUCAGACUCCUCCAAACCUCCAUCAGCUACUCCCUCCUCCGCCAAGGCCUCUUCCCUCCUAGUAUGAUGGAUCCUUCUACAUGCCUAUUGCCUAUUGCCUAGCUAGCUAGCCCUGUGUGCUGCUUUAUUUUCAUUUUCAUUUUCAUUUUCAUACAGAAUCAAAUCUUAAUAUUGGAUUUUCAGCCAUACAUUACAGUGUUUUUCUUCUUACCAUAACAUGCCCUGUUUGUUUUUUCCA